AUGAGCUCAAAGGGCGACUACAGACCCCGGCCACGCUCGCCUGCAGGUUCUUCGCGCCCAAAAGAGGAUGAACGCAACAAGCCUGCUUCUGGCCAACCUCACGAUGACCGACGUGCUCCCGAACGACCCAAAGCAUUCGGCGGAGGACAUCCUGCCCGGCGACACCAGUCAGCCACGCCAGAAGCGGGCGAGAUCAAGUCGGACGAUAUGCUGAAAGGCGCACGCCGCAAUCAGAGCAGGAGUACCAGUCCUGCUGUCCCGAGGGAUGGACCGGGUAGAGACAGCAGAGAUCGCACUAGACCUUACGAGUCACGGCCGCGGUACAGGGAGAGGUCCAGAACGCCGCCUGGCUAUCGAGGUAGAGCGCGUUCACCACCGCCCGGUCGAUAUAGACCUCGCUCGAGGUCACCCCCUCACCGAGGCAGAUCUAGAUCACCAGGCUACAGACCGAGUUCCAGAUCUCCGCUGCCCUAUCGUGCAAGAUCGCCAGGCUAUCGCGCCAGAUCACCUCCUCAUCGUCCCAGAUCGCCAACUUAUCGCGCUCGGUCGAGGACACCGCCGAGACGCUCGAGAGGUGAUCCUCCCCGAGACAUCGCACGAAGACCUCGCUCACCCUCGCCUCGCUCUCACCACGCUUCGUCAUCGGGACAUAGUCCCAGCGUGCAAAGAGCAAAGUCGCCACGCCCGAGCAAUCCUCGAGCUGACCUUAGCUUACCAUCUCAGCCCGAAGAGCCGAACAAGGCGGCGUACAGUCGCGGCUCGAGACCUGAAGAGCGCAAGGAUGCCAAGCCGGAUAUUCCGCUCGAUCCAUCGAGGACUUCGAGCCAAGCCGUUCCCGCGCCGGCAAAGCCAGCCACGUUGUCAUCAGCCCUCAAGCCUGCUGCUGCCAUGUCGUCUGUGCCGACUGCCAUGACAAAGACCAACAAUGCAGAUCGCCCGAGUAUACCCUCACGCGCGUCUGACUCGUCCAGCAAGGUGGAGACAAAACCGGACCCUCAGGCUGAGGUCGAUUGGAAGACUGUCAGCUUCAAGCCGACAGCACGACAACAGCCGAGCCUGACCGCAGACCUAGAUGCAAAGGUGGAUACACUGCGAGCGAAACGCCUGAACGACUACUUUGGUCGUGAUCUGAAGGAACAGCUCAAGGCGUUCAAGAUCAGAGAAUCGCUCGAGCUCUAUACGAUGGACGCGAACAUGGCAAGCGAGCGAGCUCAGCUCAUAGCAGCUCAGGGUAUCAAGCUUGGCGUGGUCUGCAUGCCAAAUUUGUAUUCGGACCAGAGGGCGCCUAGGCACAGUACUACCCAUGAACUCACCAUUCCGGCCUGGGUGGAGCACAUGACCUUUCCACCUUGUCGCCGCACAGCUGUAGUCGAAGAAGGCAAACAAGCAUGUCUUCCCCAGGGCAGGCCUUUCGAUUCGAUGCGCGAGCAGCAACGCCAUCUUGUGCUGGGCGCAAGGCUUGUCCGGAGGGACGAGGAGGAAUCGCACGAACCAGAGCCUCGCGACGACUUGCGCAUCACAGCACAACAAGUAGUUGACGAAUCAAAGCGGACAUCACAGCAGCGAGCUCAGGCCCAAAAGAACUCCGGAAGCGUGCCUUCGCAACCUACUCACGAUCGUAGGAAGCGUCACGAGGACGCAGAUAGGCAUCGUUUCAUCCCAGACAGCGGACUGAAGGGCUUCCCUGCCAUCUCUUCCGAUUUCGGACGCGCACCUGGCAAGAUCAAUCCUCGACUCGACAGGCUUGCACACUACUACUGCUCGCUAGCUGUCGACCUCGAACAUCAACUCCAACAACGCUGCGCUCUACUACUGAUCACUAGGCACAUUCACGAUGACGAUCAACACUACCCACCCUUCGUCUCCGUACUCGGAGUCGGCGCGUACGGCGUCGUCUAUCUCGCUCGCGAUAUCCAAGCCUCCAUCUCUGGCGAUGGCCCCGUCUUCUACGCUGUCAAGUGCCUCAACAAGCUCGGCCUUGACACUCGCCAGCGCAAGUUUCAGCUCAGAGAGCUCGCUCUCCACAGUCUUGCUGCCGCGCAUCCCAAUAUCGUCAGCCUGCACAAGAUCCUUGACACGCCUUCGUGCAUCUAUGUCAUCUUGUCAUACUGCCCCGACGGCGAUCUCUUUGGCAUGAUUACUGAAAAAUCAAGAUAUCUCGGCGAUGACAAACUCAUUCGUCACGUCUUCUUGCAGAUCGUCGAAGCUGUCGAAUACUGCCACUCUCAGCAAAUCUACCAUCGCGAUCUCAAGCCAGAGAACAUUCUCUGCUGCGAUGACGGCAAGCAAGUCCUGCUGGCCGACUUUGGCCUAGCGACAUCAGAGAAGACUUCUGGUGACUUUGGUUGUGGCUCGACGUUCUACAUGUCACCUGAAUGCCAAGGCGGCCUGUACCAUCGCCUGAGCUCGUACUCGACCCCAAGCAACGAUGUCUGGUCACUAGGUGUCAUUCUCGUCAAUCUGACUUGCGGCCGCAAUCCCUGGAAGCAAGCUUGCCCAUCAGACGAGACUUUUCGCGCUUUCACAAAGAACCCAGACUUCCUGCGGUCUAUCUUGCCAGUCUCGAAGCCUUGCAAUGAGCUCCUCAAGCGCAUCUUUGCUCUCGAUCCCGAAGAGCGCAUUAACAUCACCGAACUGCGCGCAGCGGCAAUGGCGAUACCCCACUGGACCAUGACAAGCGAGGAGCUCAAGACUGCUACCAAAGCUACUCGCGAGGCUGCAAAGGCAGUCAUCGCCGCGACGGCAGCCAAGGCAGCUGUCGCGCCCAUGCCAAUCGUCUUCACUGCGCCAGCAUGGCAAGGCGUGCCCGCCACGGCUGCCGAGGUCGAGCGCGCGCUACAAAGUUCCGGCGAGCUCUACGUUGACACCACUUCUCCUGAAGCCAGCUCGAGCUCGAGUGACGAGGUCUUCAGCCCGACGAGCACGGCCUCGAGCGCGACUUCCAGCGCAUCAUCACCUCCCAGAUCGCUGCACAAGCGCCUACAUCGAGGCUCGAUCCCACAAGAGAACCAGCAUGUCUCCACACCAAGGAGACCCAGCUAUCCUACGCGAAUUGAAGACUGCAAUCGAUCAGUUUCUCCACUGCGGACACCAGAGCUCGUUGCAGACAGUCCUUCCUCUGUCUCCUCUGGGUCCAGCUCACAACCGCCCUCAUCACCUCAGACGCCGAGCAAGAGCCGGACACGCUUCGACAUCCGCCGGCUGUCUCUGCUGCAGGCGAAGAAGUGGUCAUCCAAAGAAAGCGUCGUCUCAUGCUCCUCGACAUCUUCGUCAGCAACAAGCUGGAUGCCAACAACACCAGACGCCGAUACUUUCGCCAAUCAACAAGUUCAAGUCUUUGAUGCUUUCUCUGUUUCAACACAAAGCGGUCGCCGGCGGUCAAGCACAUACGAGUACCGUGACGGCAAAGACGAUUCUAAAUCUGCAUAUCCUUGGGCGAUGCAGCCACCUCUUGCAGAAGACUGCUUCGAAGACACCGAGAUGGAAGUCGACUCGCAUACGUAUAGCUACCCGCAAGAGCUGCUACCGAGUCAUCCCAAACAGCUCGCUGACGUAUCGCGUUCACGACCCUCCAUCAAUGCUUUCUGA